UUAUAAAGAACAAUACCCAGCGACCGGAGCGCUACUCGCCGUUUCCGACAGUGUAGCUGGACGUACACCAGAGGAGGAGGGCGCUUCGCCUCGGCGCUGUGUCGCAACAUCCUAAACCUUUUCUGUCACAACUUGCAGUUUUUAUAUGGACAUCAUCACAGACAUUUCGUCAGUUGCAUUUCGCCACGUGUGAAAAUAUGUGACCCCCAUGUUUGAUUUAGACAGCGGCAUUAAUCGUCGUUUAAGAAGAGACCGUGACUUUGCACCGAAAUGGCAGAGCGAAACAAAAAGAUGUUAUUGGAACUAUUGGAGAGGCCGGGCAACUCUCGGUGCGCUGACUGCGGAGCUGCUGAUCCAGACUGGACAUCCUACAAACUGGGUGUGUUUGUGUGUCUAAUGUGCUCUGGCAUCCAUCGCAGCCUGUCCAACAGGGUCAAAUCCAUAAAGCUGGACUUCUGGGAGGAUGAGCUGGUGGAGUUUAUGAAAUCCAAUGGCAACGCGAACGCCAGAGCUUUGUAUGAAAAAGCUGUUCCAGCGUACUACUAUCGGCCCCGGGAAAAUGACUGUGUUGUCUUAAAAGAGCAGUGGAUUCGGGCGAAAUAUGAAAGGAGAGAAUUUACAGGAGAAACUAAGUAUCCACCACUUUCAUACACCACAGGUUUCUAUGAAGGAAUGCUGUGGAAGAAAGGAAAAGAGAACACACAGUUUCUGAAGAGGAAGUUUGUACUGUCAGAGAGAGACUUUACCCUGACUUACUACAACAAGGAAAAUGAGUCCAAAGGCCCUAAAGCUGUAAUCGCCAUCAAAGACCUAAACGCCACCUUUCAACCAGAGAAGAUUGGUCAUCCUCAUGGGCUGCAGAUCAGUUACCCAGCAGGCGAUCACACCAGGAACCUCUAUGUUUAUCACGAGAAGUCGGAGGAAAUAGUGACAUGGUACAACGCCAUUCGUGCUGCUCGCUAUGCGUACCUGAGGACAGCGUACCCGACUGGAAGCAAUGAAGAACUAAUACCAAAGAUAACAAGAAACUACAUCAAAGAGGGAUACAUGGAAAAGACAGGGCCAUCGCAAACGGAGCCAUUCAAAAAGAGGUGGUUUAUUUUGGAUUCUCAAAACAGGAAGUUGUUCUACUUCAAAGGCCCGCUGGAUGCAGAGGAAUUAGGGGUCAUUUUCAUCGGCACCACAAACAAAGGUUACUCUGUGAAGGAGUGUGUCUCAAAGCAUUCUCGGGGAAACAGUUGGAAGUGUGGUGUUAUGGUGGAGACACCCAAGCGACAGUUUGUCUUCAUGUGCGAGCAGGAGCGGGAGCAGAGGGAGUGGCUUGAUGCCCUCAGAAAAGUCCUGUCCAGGCCCAUGGCACCGCAGGAUUAUACCAUUGAAGCAAACAUCAAUUAUAAAAGGUGAACUACAGAGAGGUGUGUCAACAGGAUGCCACGGAGAAGACUGCAGCAUUUGAAAACACAAGUGACUUGACUACUGCAGCAGGACAGAUGAACAGUGAUCUGCUGUCACUGCGUCUGUUCUGACUGUCGUCUUUGUGUUGCAGUCAUGCGUCUUGAACCAUGACUGACUGUGUGGAUUCAAGACUUCCAUACACUCACUUUAACUGACACUGGAUUUGAUCCUCUAUCUCAAACUUCAGAAAAUACUGUAUCACUAUGUAAAAUCCACUCUUUUUGCCAAAAUUACAUCCCUGUCACAGGGUCAACACUGUUAUAUUCUAACAGGAGAUAGGUUACAAUCACUGCAUGUCAUGCUAUUUUUAUGAUGUUUUAUUUUUGUAUUUUAGAUAUCCUAAUAAAUAUGCAUAUAAUUUAAAAUUUCGUAAUAAACAUGUUUCAUUGCAUCUUGCCCAGCUAAAUAAAUGGCUUUUUUUUAUUUAAGUU